CGUUCCUGUCUCUUGGCGUGGCAAUCCUCUUCCCUGAGACUGGCAGUUGAUCAAGAUGGGAAGCUCCUGGAACCAGACCCGAGCGACACCCGCUACGCGGGCCACUGCCCUGAGCAAAUAAACGCGUGUCUUCCAAAAACUACAACCCCCAUGAAGCUUUAGUGCCUUUGAGGGGAGGAGUGGUACAUGCUAGGUCACGCUCGAAAAAGAAAUUACACCUAACUACCGUUCCCAGAAGGCGCCACUCUGCAAAUUACCCAGUCAGCUCUAAGUACAAAGCAUCGCGAGUCUUUGGUGCGAUUUGGCGCUAUAAGCCCGUGAGAACGCGCACCGGAGACCCUUUUCACAAGAUGGCGCCGAAAGCGAAGAAGGAAGGUGUGUGUUGGGGAUGGGGGCCACUGUUGGUUUACCGGGGAUCGUCGCGCCGCAGAGCGAACGAAUUGGGAAUAUGGCAGCUGGACUAGGCCCUGACGGUUGUGCUCCGAAGCUGCUCCCCGCGUUUCGGACACGCAGUAUACGUGGGCCGCGUGGGCCCAGCCUCAUGGGCUGAGUUCCUGUGGAGGGAGUUGGGGAGGUCACCCCACCGGCAUUAUCACCCGCCAGGGAGAGCCAGACAGUCGGCUCUGGGAAGCUGUACGCAUCCACAAGUUGGCGCUCCAUGUACCCGGGUCUGUAAGGAGUUAGUGCCCUCAGCUUUACUCAUUUUCCUUCUGGUUCACCUUUGAUCGGGCUACAUUACCCGCCCCCUCCGCGUGGUUUUGCGAUGGGGUAUGUGUAAAAUUCGUAGGACAUGUUCUGGAAAGUUAUCAAGCUUUCCUUCAGUGCUACUUUGUUUCUUAGUCGUAUUCCUGGAGCUGCGAGUUGGUCACUUUCGCCUCUGGUAUCGUGCAUAUGAUGGAAAAAUUUUAAUCUCCUGACACUUGUGAUGUCUGCAAAGGAACCACUGAUGCACGUGUGGCCAGGGUCGCCCACUGUAGUUCUUGAGGCCGGAAGUGGCCUAUUUUUAAAUUCCUCACCCUCAUUUUCUUCUCUCCCAGCUCCUGCCCCUCCUAAAGCCGAAGCCAAAGCGAAGGCUUUAAAGGCCAAGAAGGCAGUGUUGAAAGGUGUCCACAGCCACAAAAAGAAGAAGAUCCGCACGUCACCCACCUUCCGGCGGCCCAAGACACUGCGACUCCGGAGGCAGCCCAAAUAUCCUCGGAAGAGCGCCCCCAGGAGAAACAAACUGGACCACUAUGCUAUCAUCAAGUUUCCGCUGACCACUGAGUCUGCCAUGAAGAAGAUAGAAGACAAUAACACACUUGUGUUCAUUGUGGAUGUUAAAGCCAACAAGCACCAGAUCAAACAGGCUGUGAAGAAGCUCUAUGACAUUGAUGUGGCCAAGGUCAACACCCUGAUUCGGUGAGUUGGGCCUCAAGGGAUAUGGAGUGCACUGGACCAGCAGGCUGCAGCCAGAAAUCCUGUGGUUCAUAAGCUCUCCUUGAUGUUUAUAGUCCCAGCUACGUAGGAGGAUCGCCUGAGCCCAGGAGUUUGAGACUGCAGUGACCUAUGAUUGUCCCAUUGUACUCUAGCCUAAGCAAUCAAGCAAGACCCUUCCAAAAAAAAAAUUCCCCUGGACCUUUUAGCAGGGGGAAAAGUUUCCUUGAUUUACACUUGGGGUUAGAAGUAGGUUUCCCAGUGUAUGAGCCUUGAGGCAGGAAUUACAGACUGCUGUAAUUACAGACCUUUGUAAGGACCUCAGGCAGCACUUUCUAGGACUUGAUUGUGGGGUUCAUUGGUGCUCAUUUUCUGGGGCCUCUGGAAUGAGACAGUUCCUUGCAAAUUACCUUGGUUUAAGUCUCAACUUGGCCUAUGAUGUUUCCCUUAAGAGAAUUGGCUUUGUAGCUUCAUAAUGUCCUCUGGGUUAAUGAUAGAAAAAUCAUUAUUGGAAAGGAAUGACAUAAACAAAGGAACCACUGAAGUGCCAGAGGACUGGGGGAGGAAGUGGGGGAGGGUGUGUGGGCAGUGAAGGCGGCAGGGAUUAAGGCUUCCUUCUCUACCCCAGGCCUGAUGGAGAGAAGAAGGCAUAUGUUCGACUGGCUCCUGAUUACGAUGCUUUGGAUGUUGCCAACAAAGUAAGUUUCCUUCCUACAAACUCCUUAAUGCUCAUCCCUGGGUGCAAAUGAUGCAUAUGCUAGUGACCAAAGCCUGGCUUUUGCUGAUUAGUCAUAAUUAACUGACUCCACUUGUAUCCUUAAGCCUUACCCUCAUGUUCCUCAUUUUGCUUUCUAAAAAUUCCAGUUUAAUCUUCAUGUUUCAACGCCAGUAACAAAGCUGCUUUUUGUUUUUCAGAUUGGGAUCAUCUAAACUGAGUCCAGCUGGCUAAUUCUAAAUAUAUGUAUAUCUUUUCACCAUACACAUGCCUCUCUGUCAAUUUCUGGUUGGGUGGGAGGCCAUACACAGGAACUGUUGUUGUAACUUGCCCACUGCUUGGGCAAGACUCCUGUUCUGCUUAUCCUUUUGAAACUCACCCUGCCACUCACUCCUCCAUCCUUGAUCAUUCCACAGAUCUUUGUGACUAGCGUUAGUGUCCUAGGAAAACCAGAACUCAGAGCUUGCCUCCAUGGUUGAGCGUAACAAAAAGCUUUACAAGAACCCCUUUCAUCCCUCGAAGAGGCUGUGUGUGAAACCAGUGCCCAGAGUUUGAAGCACGUUAGCAUCCAUUUCAGAGGAGUGUGGGUUGGCUGGCUUUCCAGUAGCAUUUUGUCCUCACACACCCAUUCGCUAUGUCCAACCGGUCUGUCUGCUUCCCUCACCCCUUGCCCAAUAAAGGACAAGGACUUCA